AGCAGCUGAAUGGGAGCCAGUCUCACAGAGAUCUGAUGAUCAUGAUCCAAGAAAUGAAAAGGUGUUUGCCUGAAGAGAAAAGGAGUUCCAGCAAGCCCAGUACCAUCAGUGCUCUCAACUAUGCCUUGCAGUGUGUCCAACAGGUCCAAGCAAACAAUGACUUUUUCCAGGCUCUGAAUGACCGAAGAGUGUUUCAGACAGAUGUGAUGACAUACAGCAUAGAAGAGUUGGUGGCAGUUGCAUCUGAACACACUCCAAAAAACACUGACACAUUUGUGGCUGUAUUUUCCUUGCUUUCUGGACGCAUAGUGCAUAUUUCUGAGCAGGCAGCAUCCAUUCUAAACUGUAAGAAGAAAGUGUUGGACUCCUCUCGGUUUGUAGAGCUGCUUGUCCCUCAGGAUGUGAGUGUGUUCUACACACACACUGAUCAGUCCCACCUGCCACUUUGGAACAUGGAAAGUCAAACAGCUUCUCUAUAUGAAUAUGCCCAGGUGAAGUCCUUUUUCUGCAGGAUCAGGGCUGGUAAAGAUCAAGAACAAGAAACGCGUUGUUACCCCUUCCGAAUCACCCCGUACUUGGUCCAUGUGUGUACUUCAGUCCAUGUGGAUGCAGAAUCCUGCUGCUUAGCUUUGGCUGAGAAAAUUCACUCUGGAUACGAAGCUCCUCGAAUUCCUAUGGAUAAAAGAAUCUUCACCACCACUCACACGCCUGGAUGUGUUUUUCUUGAGAUAGAUGACAGAGCAGUGCCUUUAUUGGGUUACUUACCUCAAGAUCUAAUUGGUACAUCCAUACUGAUGUAUUUGCACCCAGAAGAUCGUCCUUUGAUGAUUGCUAUUCACCGGAAAAUCCUGAAAUUUGCUGGCCAACCUCCUUUUGAACAUUUACCUAUUAGAUUUUGUACUCAAAAUGGGGAUUAUGUCAUACUGGAUACCAGCUGGUCCAGUUUUGUGAAUCCAUGGAGCAGGAAAGUAGCGUUCAUCAUUGGCCGACACAAAGUCCGGACAAGCCCUCUGAAUGAAGAUGUCUUUGCUGCAAGAAAUAAAGAACCAAGCAAUGUUGAGAAAGAGAUAAGAGAAUUGCAAGGACAAAUUUACAAGCUGCUGCUGCAGCCAGUUCACAGCAAUGUUUCCAGUGGUUAUGGAAGCCUUGGAAGCAGUGGCUCUUACGAGCACUACAUCAGCAUAGCGUCUUCAAGUGACUCCAAUGGGAAUUGUGCAGAGGAAACACAGGAACCAAUGACAUUGCAACAAGUUUGUGCAGAUGUCAACCGAAUAAAGAAUCUGGGACAGCAGCUGUAUAUUGCGUCAAGGAGAAAGCCACAAAAUGGAAACGAACAAGCUGUGAGCUCAGAAAUGCUAGGAGGGAAGAGGCACACUGCUUCCUGUUUUCUUCAGACACUGAGAAGUGAUAGCACAGAAGAACUAGGCAAUGCAUUUUAUGAUGAAUCAAAGAAGACACCACGUGUUCCUUCCUAUCAGCAGAUCAAUUGUGUUGAUAGUAUCAUCAGAUAUCUAGAGAGCUGCAGUAUUCCAGCAUUGAAAAGGAAAUGUAAAUCUUCUGCAAAUACAUCAUCAUCCUCAUCUUCAGAAGAUGACAAGCAAGUCCAGCAAAGGCAGCAGGAAGUUGAGGCUUUGGAGGAUACUCCUAUGCUUUCAGCAGUUAAUUCCCACACUCCAACAUCUGCUGAUCGGGGAGAGACACUGAAAGACCAGACAACUGCAGGCAUGGUGGGAGCUCCUCUGACAGACCUGACCCUGUCCAACAAGGCUCCGAGUGUGGUGUCUGUCACCAGCCAGUGCAGUUACAGCAGCACUAUAGUGCAUGUCCCACACCCUGAAUCAGAAGUGACUACAAUGGAGGACACUCCUGUUGGAAGUGAACAAAUUGAGCUGCCUCCUGUGAAUGCUCAGAGUCUCACUAUGGUACCUGAGGACCUAAAGCCAAUUGGGCUAACAAAAGAGACGUUGUCAGCCCACACUCAAAAGGAGGAGCAGAACUACGUUGACAAGUUCCGCCAGAGGAUCUUGCUCUCUCCGUUUAGGACUUACCUUCAACAGGGGAGCAGAAGUAACAAUGGACAUUCCUGUGGCCAAGGAGAUUCCCCUUCAAAGCAAAUGAGCCCAGCUACCUGUAAAAAAGGCAAACAUGGAAAAUUCAAGCGCCAGAAACCUCAGAGACAGUCCUCGGAUAGCCGCUCUUCUAGUAAAAAUAGAAAUAGUCUUCCAUGUGAGAAGAGAACAAAUCAGAAACGGUCAUUCUCUCCCUCAGAAGUGUCCUAUCUGAGCUCCUCCAGUAUGAAUGUCCUUCCUCCUAUGGGAUUUCCUGUCUAUUCGGAUCCACUAUCUAGUUUUCCAGCCUCUUCUGUAGGAGAGGAGCUUGCCCUUAACUCAUUUAAACCUGAGUCCAUGUCGUCAUCACAACUAUGCUGUGAAGCACAGUCAUGCCCAGCACUUUAUCCCCCAAACAUAGGCACGUUUAUGGCUGUAUUUUUUCAGAGUUUCCCCAUGUAUGCUCAAAUGCCUCAAUAUGUCUUUCUUCCUAGCCCUCAAUAUGUUUAUCCCCCCUCUUCAUAUCCAUGCACUACGCUACCUCCAGCCCCUCCUCCUGCUCCAUCACCAAUAGCACCACACUCUGUGGAUCCGCCCUUUCCAGCCCCUUCUGCCACAUCCAUGGAGGACCAGCAAGAGGGCCAGCACGACCAGGCCCUACUGCUGAGUAGCUCACGGAGCAGCUCACCGCUUCAGCUGAAUUUGCUUCAAGAAGAGCUGCCAAAAUCUAUGGAGCUUUCCAUUAGUACUGAUGUUAAAGCACGUGCAGAAGCUAAAUGUGACAAUGAUCCAGAAGAUAGUGGUAACAGAGCUAGCCGUUGUGCUUCUGGUGAAUUUACUGACCGCUCACUGUACGUUUCAGCAGCAUCAGGCAGUGGAUCAGCUUUAUCUGGUUCUUUAGGCUCUGGCUCCAAUGAGACUUCUGGUUGUGGCACAGGUAGUGGGAAAAGUAGCAAGUAUUUUGCCAGUAAUGAUUCUUCUGAAGCUUCCAAAGAAGAAAAGAGUCAGGAAGCAGAAGAAAAAGGGACAGCUCAUAAAUCCCAACAUGAGUCAGCCUGGAUGAUGAUGGAUCACACACCUGAACAAGUUCUAAUGACUUACCAAGUGCCAAACAGAAUUAAAGAGGAAGUUUUAAAGGAGGAUCUGGAGAAACUGACAGUCAUGCGAAAGAAGCAGCCUCGGUUUACAGAUGGGCAAAAGAAGGAGCUUGCAGAGGUGCAUACGUGGAUCCGGACGCAGACUGUCCCACUGCAAAUCAGCACGCAGGGCUGCAUUACAUGCGACAUCAGGGAACCGAGUUGUGAGGCUGCAAUGACUGAUGACAAUACGGAAAACAAGGGAAAAUCACCUCCACUCCUGCAACGCUGA